AUGACCUUUCAGAACUGGAUAGACGAAUACCUGAGAUGGAACAAGAGUGACCACAACAACAUAUCGAGGAUAUCCGUCCGGGCUUGCGACGUCUGGCUACCAGAUGUCUACAUCAGAAAUGGGCUCAAAACCUCGCCACAGAGCGUGAUCAUAACGUACAAAGGCAGGGUGUACAUGGACCUCCUGAGGGAGACGACCACCUACUGCAAACUGGACCUCACUUUCUUUCCAUUCGACGUACAGACCUGCUACAUACAUGUCGAGAGCUUCACUUUCACCACAGCGCAAGUAAGCACCGCAGCUGAUUGUUAUAUUGCAGAUUGUUUUAUAGAUUUCGGAAUAGCUCUCAACAACUUGAAGCCACAUGGACAGUGGAACAUCGUGAAAGUAUCAACGCGAACGAACGAGGAAAUGAAAAAAAAUUUUUCAAUGGUUACUUUUGUGUUGCAUUUGAGAAGGAACCCACUCUUCUACUUCACGUACUUCAUAUAUCCCUGCGUCAUAUCCGCUGUUGUCGUCGUUUUUGUAUUCCUUCUUCCUAGCGAUUCGAGAGGAAAAAUAAACUUCAGCGUCACCGUCCUCUUGUCCUUCACGGUCUUCCUGGCCACCAUGUACUUCGUUCUUCCAGAGUCAGGAUUCUACGUUCCUUACCUCAGUUAG